AUGCACUCCGCACUGGUGCGCCUGCAGAACGUCUUCGGGUUCUUCACCACCGUGGCCUUCACCAUCGCCGCCGUCAUCGCACUCAGCAGCUUCGUCUCGCCGCAGGCCCCAAGCGCAACCGUCGCGCUGCGCAACGUGCAGGUCGUCAAGGGCCGGCCGCACUACUACAGCUACAAGAAGGAGGAGUACGCACACAUCAAAUUCGACCUGGACACCGACCUGACGUCCCUCUUCAACUGGAACACCAAGCAAGUCUUCCUCUACCUCAAAGCCGUAUACCCGGGCACCCCCUCCGAACCCGCCUCCGAAGCCAUAAUCUGGGACGCCAUCGUGGCAUCCAGCUCCGCCCCCUGGCACCAGAACCACUACAUCCACCCCUCGAAAUCCUCCAAGCUGCCCAAGCAAUCCAAAAAAGCGCUUGCAGCCGCCAAGAAAACGCCCGUCUCGCCGUACCCGAUUGGUGAGCUGCACCUCAAGCAGCAGCGCCCCAAGUACCAGAUCACGGAUAUCUCGGGCAAGCUGCAGAAUAAGGCGAAUGUCACGCUCGAGCUGGGCUGGAAUGUGCAGCCGUGGGUUGGCGCGCUGACGUGGACGACGUGGCAGACGGCGGGGGUGUGGAAGGGGCUGGAGGGCGGCAGGAGCGAGAGCUUUGGGUUCCCGGAGAUAGGGAAGAAGGUCGAUGCUAAGGAGCUUAAGACGGAGAAGGGCGCUGAGGGGUAUCGGUUGGAGGUUGGCGGGGAGGUGCCGCGGCGGAAGGCGCAGUAG